AAAAACGAAAGUAAUCUCUUUUUUCACUGUUUGUAUGUGUUUGAAAAAUGGUGGAGGCUGUGAGCUCAAUCAGUUGUUCAAUCUGUUUAGAUCUACUGAAGGAUCCAGUAACUAUUCCCUGUGGACACAGUUACUGUAUGGGCUGUAUUAAAGCCUGCUUGGAUCAGGAAGAUGACAAGGGAAUCUACAGCUGCCCCCAGUGCAGACAGACCUUCAUACCAAGACCUGUUCUAAACAGGAACACCAUGUUUUCUGAAUUGGUGGAGAAUCUGAAGAAGACAAGACUCCAAGCUGCUCCUCCUGAUCAUUAUUAUGCUGGACCUGGAGAUGUGGAGUGUGAUUCCUGCACUGGGAGAAAACUCAAAGCUGUCAAGUCCUGUCUGGUGUGUUUGGCCUCUUUCUGUGAGGCUCACCUCCAGCCUCACUAUGAAUCUCCUGCCUUUAAAAAGCACAAGUUGGUCCAAGCCUCCAAACAACUACAGGAGAAGAUCUGUUCUCAUCAUGACAAACUACUGGAGGUUUACUGUUGUACUGAUCAGCAGUGCAUCUGUUAUCUUUGUAUGUUGGAUGAACAUAAAGGACAUGAUACAGUCUCAGCUGCAGCAGAAAGGACUGAGAAACAAAGACAGUUUGGGGAGAAGUAUUUGGAAUCCCAGAAGAGAAUUGGGGAGAGAGAGAAGAAGAUUCAGGAGUUGAGACAGACUGUGGACACUCUGAAGCACUCUGCACAGGCAGCAGUGGAGGACAGUGAGAGGAUCUUUACUGAGCUGAUCUGCUACAUUAAGAAAAGACGCUCUGAGUUGAAGAAGGUGAUCAGAGCUCAGGAGAAGACUGAAGUGAGUCGGGCUGAAGGACUCUUGGAACAACUGGAGCAGCAGGUUGCUGAGCUGAGGAGGAGAGAUGUUGAGUUGAAGCAGCUCUCACACACAGAGGAUCACAUCCAUUUCCUCCAGAGUUUCCAGUCUCUCUGUGCCUCUCAUGGAUCUGAGGUCUUACCCAGUAUCACUGUCUAUCCACACAUCUCCUUUGAGCAUGUAAAGAAAUCAGUCUCUGAACUGAAAGAUCAAAUACAGGAUGUAUGUAAAAAGGAAGUGGACAGGAUAUCUGGGGAAGUUCAGAUUGGACCACCUGCUGAGGCCAAGACCAGAGAGGAUUUCUUAACAUAUUCCUGCCAGCUGACAUUGGAUCCCAAUACAGCAAAUCAGAUCCUGUGUCUGUCUGAGGGGAACAGAAAGGUGACACGGAGUGAUAAGGUCCAGUCCUAUCCUGACCAUCCUGACAGAUUUACCUCCAUAAACCAGGUGUUGUGUAGAGAGCAUCUGUCUGGAGUCUGUUACUGGGAGGUAGAGUGGAGUGGGGGAGGGGUUGGUGUAGUAGUCUCAUAUAAAGAGAUCAGCAGGAAAGGAACUGGUGAUGAGUGUUGGUUUGGUCAUAAUGAUCAGUCCUGGAUGUUAUUCUGCUCUACAUCCAGCGGCGGUUUCUACCACAAUAAUACCAGUACUGAUAUCCAUGUUCCCUGCUCCUCCAGAGUAGGAGUGUAUCUGGACCACAGGGCAGGAACUCUGUCCUUCUACAGUGUCUCUGACACAAUGACCCUCCUCCAUAGAGUCCAGACCACAUUCACUCAGCCACUCUAUUCUGGGUUCUGGGUUAAUGGAACGUCUGUGAAGAUACUGACACCUAUUCAGUGAUCCUUCGAUCAGUCUGCUUCUAUCAAUGUAUAAAGAUUGAUUUAAGAUUACAGAUAUUAUUUAGAACAACAUGAUAUAGUUACAAAUUCACAUGUACACAGUUUUCAAUCAAACCAAGUGGAACAAAGUGAGCCAGAGGUCUUGGUUCCUUAAUGAAUAUGAACACAUAACAAGCCAUGCACAACAAUGGUGAAGGGAGUUGAUUGACAGCUGAAAUGAACCAAUCAUCAUGGAGUUUAGUUCAGUCAAUGUCUAAACUCUGCUGAAUUAUUUAACAGAGGUGUUUCUUCUUAAACUAUGGGUAUUUUGAGUUGGUUGUUUAUCUGUCAACAGAAAUAUAUUCAUAAAUAUUUACCAAGUGUAUUUAAAGCAUUAUUAAAUGUUGUACAAAACAAAAUGUAUUUUUAUUAUUAAAUGUUUUGAAAAUAAUGUCAUUAUUGACUGUGUAGAAUGUUUCUGUGUGAGGUGAUUUCAGGUGAACAGAGUAACCUCUUAUCCACCUAGUAGAUCAAACAUUCAAUCAAAUGUAUUUAUAAAGCCAACAUGUCCCAAAUGUAGAGAUGAGUUUUUAGUAGACAAUUGAAAGUUUGCACUGAGUUUGCAUUUCUAACCUCAAUUGGCAGACCAUUCCACAGUAUUGUGAUUGAUGGGUCAGACAGGAGUUAAUUGACACAUUUAAUUAAGAUUUACCUUUGGUUCAUGUUCAGCAUACAUCUGUUCUAUAUUUUAUGUUUGAUCAUAGAUUUGAGAAUCUUUCAAUGACAGUCAUAUGUAGACAGUCUGUUAUGCUUUCUCGUAAGUUCUACCUGUACUUGUCUAUAAUUACUGUCCAGUCUGAUUAUGUUACAUUUGGGACAUGUUGUAGAGGGACUCGUUUUUAAAUCUCAAUAAAACUUAAUGAAGGAUUUGCUGUAACUUUAAUAAUUAUAAAGAGUUUGAUUGCACAGGAUCUUUAAAUUGUCUCUAUCUUCCCUGUAUGUCCUCAUAUAUCCUGUCAGGUGCUCUUGUUGAUUAAAGCAUUUAACACAGUUGUUGCACUUAUACAACUGUAAAUUCAUGGCUAAGUUCAGUGGAUAUCAUGAAAUUCACUCCAUGAGUUGCCUCUGGUGGCAUUAAACUAGAUAAGAAACAUUAGUCAGUUUAACUAUAUUAAUAUCGUUCACGAAUGACCAGUUAGCUGUUAAAAAGGAUUUGUUCAGGGUAGACACAAGAAGUUAACCUGCAUGGAUUCAAGUGGCUUUAGUGCUGAGAGAAAUCCCACUAGCGGACAAUAUCUUUCUGAUUGUAUGUAGCUGAACUUGUUACGAUUGAAAAACAUUUGAAUAUGGGGUGUCUAAUGACCCAGGUGUGUUAGCUCCUGUAGGAAUGUUUUGAGAAACACUGCUGUGAAUCAGAUUGUCGGAACCUCACCCUGAAUGAUGUAGGACCCCUGGUUUCCCUGGUACUGCUUCUAAUACCUGUGUUGGGGAACGUGAUUGCAUUUAUCAUGACUGUGAUUCAUUAUAAAUCUAUUAAUGUUCUUGAUUUACCCCCAACUGACUAUCUGGUCUCCACUAGAGAAGGUAACCAGGAGGCAAACACUAGAGACAAUGUCCAAUUCCACCAUUCAGCACUAGUGCCAGAGUGGUUUGAGAAUCACCCACAUUUCAGGAUGGUGUUCCUUCCACCAUACUCUCCUUUCCUGACUUCAAUUGAGGAAUUCUUCUUAUCUUGGAGAUGGAAAGUACAUGAUCGCAACCCUUACAACCAAGUAAGUCUUCUUCAAGUGAUGGAAGAGGCCUGUGGAGAUAUUGGGGCACAAGCAGGUCAAAGAUGGAUACAGCAUUCAAGGCGUUUUUCCCACAAUGCAUGACUCAUGAAAAUAUUUGCUGUGAUAUUGAUGAAAUUCUCUGCUCAGAUGUAAUUGAGAAGCAUGAUCAAUAAAUGAAGAAUGCAAUUAACUUGAAAACUAACUUGAAACUGACAAAAGUUAUUGGCAUCCAUCAUUGUU